CCCAGACGUUGUACUUACAGAGGAAGGCACAACUUGCCAAAGUCACAACAGCAAAUGCAAAUUAAAAGGGACAGGAAAAACAAGCUUGAACUUUAAGACUAACUGGAAUCAUCCAACUAAGUCGUCACUUGUGGGACAGAUGUUUUGGAAUUGCUGAUUUUUUGACUUCAAAAGAAUUCUGUCACCUUUGUUUGACAGGAUUUCGUCCUCAUUACUAAGUCAUGGGAAACACAAUGAUGACCUAACAGAGGUGUACAACAACUAUCCAGAGGAUUUAGGGGCAGCUCUAUACCGAGAGCCAUUUGACUUCAACGCCGAGCCACCUUGGGAUCCUAGCUGAUAGUGGACAAGUUCAUCCCGGGACUUACUCCAUCUUUUUGCAAGAGUCUAGGACCCCAGGGGCUCGGGAGCUCGCGAGCAAGACUACUUCAGAUUAGCCACUUUCUUUAUGCCUGUCGGAUUAGAGGAAAACGGUUGAGAGGAUGAAAGGCAUUGCUAAUGAACCGCAGUAUUCUGUUGGCCUGCUGGAGGGAGGCAUGGCCCUCUGUGACAUCAUUGACAACCAUAUUUAUGAACAAACCCUGUCUGAGAAGAAUGCAUUCUUUGUGGCAGACCUGGGAGUCGUAAUGAGGCAGCAUGUUCGCUGGCGAACACUCAUGGCCCAAAUUCGACCCUACUAUACUGUCAGAAGCAACAGCAGUGCAGCUGUUAUUGAAGUUCUUGCUGCUCUUGGCACUGGAUUCAUAUGCACCAACAAGUCUGAAGUUGAGCUGGUGCAGAGUCAUGGUAUUCCCUCUGAAGAUAUCAUCUACAGUGGUGUCUGCAAACAGGUCUCCCACAUUAAAUAUGCUGCUAAGAAUGGCAUUGACCUCCUGGUGUGUGAUAACGAAGCGGAGCUGUGCAAGAUUUCUCGCUGUCACCCCAAUGCCAAGCUGCUGCUGCAGGUGUCCACAGAGUCAUGUAGCCCAGACAAUGAGAUUAGCAUGUCAUUUGGCUGUUCCCUGAAGGACUGCAGGCAUCUAUUAGAAAGAGCUAAGGAACUGGGUGUGCAGGUUGUGGGAGUCAGGUCUCACGUUUCCGGCUUCUGUGAAGAUGACCAGGUGUAUGUCCAUGCCAUUUCAGACGCCCGGUGUGUCUUUGAUAUGGGUGAGGAAAUUGGCUUCAACAUGAAAAUCCUGGACAUUGGAGGAGGAUUCAGUGGCUCUGAGACUCAGCUGGAGCUGAUGAAUAGUGCCGUUAUGUCUAUGGUAGACCUAUACUUUCCUCUAUCUACUGGGGUUUCCAUCAUUGCGGAGCCCGGUAGUUUCUUUGUCUCAUCUGCUUUCACCCUGGCUGUUAACAUCAUCUCCAAGGAAGUGGUUGCUCGAGAUCACCAUGGUCAGGAGAAUGAUGAUCUGUCACCCAACAAUGAGCCCGAGUUUCAGUACACCUUGAAUGAGGGAGUGUAUGGAUCGUUUGCCAGCAAACUCUCUGACACAUCGAUUGCUGCUCCAUCUCUUCACAAGAACGCAUCCCUUGAUGCUCCAGUGUUCAGCAGCAGCCUGUGGGGUCCCUCUGGAGAUGACCUGGACCAAGUAGUGGAGCACUGUUUGUUACCCGAGCUCAACAUUGGAGACUGGCUCAUGUUCACCCACGCUGGGGCCUACAGUCUGGGUCAGCCACUAUGCACUGCCACUGACUCACCCCCACCCCCUGUAUAUUAUGUCAUCUCUUCUAGAGACUGGUUUGAAAUGCAGGACACUGGUGUCGUCCAUGAGGCAACACUGAAGAACUUCUCCUUGGUCCCUUAUUUCCUCAAUUCUUGCCUAACAGGGGCCGCUCUCUCUGUCCCUGCUUAGCGCUCAUAAGGCCAGGAAGUCUUCGACACCUCCUUCACUGGUUGCUGCUGCUUGCUUAGUCUUGUCUAUAUUCCACUGGGAUGAACCGAAAUCACAGUGCAGAUAGUGUUUGCCUUGAACUUAUUGGGACCACAUCAAAUUCAUGUGGCUAAUUGACUGUGUAUCAGGAUUAGACCUGGAAAUCCCAACAAGGUGCUGAUUACUGUACAACAAAAUGGAUGACUCCAAAAAGACAAACACAUUCUUCCCUUUGCUUUGGCUUUAGGCAUCCCAUGCAGCUACAGUUUACACUCGAACAUCAGACCUAUAAAGAGUAUAAAUAAUUCUAUGUGACAAAUGUGUUACCUGUGUCUGUCUCUGCUGCUGCCAAUCUUAAGUAAGACACAGUAUGUAUCCCUGAGUGGAGCCACGUAUUUAAGUAGGAACAUUCAUGAGCCCCUGUGUGCUUUUUGAAGAAGUGUUUUUUUGACUUAAAUUGGCCGUGUAGUAUUUUAUGUGAUAAAAUCUUGACUUCAUUAUGACAAUUUAAAAUAUGUUAUCCUUCUCAGUGUUUUAAACUGAAGGCUUGCAGCACUACGUUGCUGCACAUGUGAACAUUUAGCAGUUUGAUUAGUGUGGCAGGGUCACCGUGAAAACUGCCCGAGUAGAAAUGAUGAAUUCUUCCUGCUCCAGUGUGUUUGGAAAGCCAAUGGCUCAGUGUUCACCAGCAAACUGGUGUCUUUAGUGGUUUUUUUUCAGCAGGUUAUAGGAGGUCUUAUUUGACAGCAUGUGCUGCAGAUGGAACAAUGCAAGUGAUCAAGGAUAAGUAAUCAGCUGACGUGGAAAGGGUCUUUGUUCCAAGAAAACAAUUUUAAGUGUUAGAACCCUUUUUUUAGUUGUAUUUGUUAAAAAAAUUAUACUUUUUUUGACUCUUCAAAUGAAUGUUAUUUGUUAAGUGUGAACCAUAUCUGUGAAUUUGUCUUCCAAACUGUGUAAGGCAUGAUAAAUUAUCGGGCAGUUGUCUGUAGUUAACAUGUAACUGUGCUUGUCAACGUGAACAGUAAUAAACACCUCACUGACUGGACUGUGAA